UUUAUAUAAGGCCAAAGAAGACCAGGUUCCAAUGUUAAGUCUUGUUUGUGUGGCAGAAAAUAGCAAUACAGGAGUUUUUCUCUUUCCUUACCAGAAAUGAAGGAGAUUUCCCUGGUUUUUGUCUUCCUCUAGCAGCAGCAGAUUCCUGAUUUUGUGUUCACCAAAAAACAAGCCCCAUCUUUUACUGAGAAAAGAAGAAGAAAAAAAAAAAAAAAAAAAAAAAAAGCACACCAACAUCAACAAGAACAAGAAAAGAGUCUAGAAAAGACAAACAUAGUCUAUAAUUAUUAUCUCUUUCGCGAAUUUUUUUUUUUUUUUCCUCUUUCAAAUGUCAAAUAUCACAGGUGAUGAGGGAAGCUUCUCUUCUGGCAAUAUUACUGGCGAAGAAGUUCAUCAAGAAAAGCAGCAGCAGCAACAACAACAACAACAGCAUCAGCAGCUACAGAAUCACUUCCAUGGAUCUAGCUUGGUGCCUUCUGAUGCUACUAACAGCAAUGGGUCUACUUCCCAACAGCCAGCGCCUAAGAAGAAAAGAAAUCUUCCAGGAACUCCAGAUCCCAAUGCCGAAGUUAUUGCUCUAUCACCAACAACGCUAAUGGCAACGAACCGGUUUGUAUGUGAGAUCUGCAACAAAGGGUUUCAGAGAGACCAGAACCUUCAAUUACACCGGAGAGGGCAUAAUCUUCCAUGGAAGCUCAGACAAAGAGCAACCACCGAGGUGAGGAAACGGGUUUACAUAUGCCCCGAACCGACUUGUGUCCACCACAACGCGGCACGUGCAUUAGGUGAUCUUACAGGGAUUAAAAAGCAUUUCAGCCGUAAGCAUGGAGAGAAAAAAUGGAAAUGUGACAAAUGCUCCAAGAAAUAUGCUGUGCAAUCUGAUUGGAAAGCUCAUCAGAAGACUUGUGGUACUAGGGAAUAUAAAUGUGACUGUGGAACUAUCUUUUCCAGGAGGGACAGCUUCAUCACCCACAGGGCUUUCUGUGAUGCAUUAGCAGAAGAAAACAACAAAGUAAACCAAGGACUUAUGAGCAACAUGGGAUCAAACUUACAGAAUCAAAUGCCUGAUCUAAUACCCUCCAUGCCCAUCACUACCACCACCACCCCCAACACAUCCAUUAAUGCAAACAAUUCCGAGUUCAAUAACUACGACCCCAAAAACCCACUCAAAUCCCUUCCUCAAGAGCUCGUUCCAAUGCCAUUCAAGUCCAUGAACAUGACCGGAGGCAUGUUUUCGAGCAGUUCCGGUUCGCUUUUCGGCGGUCCCAGAGGGAUUUCAUCAUCUUCUUCUAGUCUCCAACUGAGUUCCAAUGGCUCAUCUGGCUUCAAUUAUCUUCAAGAUGGGAAAAAUGGUUGCCAGCUAGCUGGUUCAGCUCACAUGUCAGCGACAGCCUUGUUGCAAAAAGCAGCUCAGAUGGGUGCCACAGCAAGCAAUAGUACUAUAAACUCACCAAUGAUGCAGAAGAGCUUUGUGAGUAGCAUGGCAGGUCCUGAUCACCAGAUCAGACAACCAUAUACUACUAGUCCAACCACCCAGCAACAUAACACUAGUUCGUAUAAUGAGCACUAUCAGACCACACAACAACAUGAUCAAUCGAGUAUGGUUGGGAUCAAUGACGGAGGAUUGAUCGCGAACCCGCUACUGAAUAAAAACCAACAACAAGAUAUUUCAGUACAACUUUUUGAUCCUAAUAACAAUGCAGCUAGCUCGGUGGUGAGCGAUAUGGGAAUGUUUAGUCAAAUGUUUAUGGGAGGUACUGAUCAUCAUCAAAAUCAAGGUGGGUUCUUGAAGAAUAUGCAGGACCAAGAGGAUACGAGUUGUAAUUCUAGUUUAAUACAGGGAAGAUCAAAUGCAACCGAUAGGAACCCAACCGGCGGAGCUUCAAGGUUUGGAGGAGGUGAUAUGAUGACCGUUGAUUUCUUGGGGAUUGGAGGGUCGAGAUCAGGGAAUUUGCAUGACAAACAACAAGUACAACAACAACAACAACAGCAGAAGUUGGAGUUGGAAGCAAUGAGACAGCAGAGGUUGCCUAUUAUCAGUCCAUUUCAGCACCAGCUUUCACAUGGUGAAUCGGGGAUGGAAAAGACCAUUUGGGAUGUUUGAGAAAAUUAUAAGAAAUAAUAAUAAUAAAAUCAAAAUUAGCAGUUUUUAAUAAUGUUCAACAUUUCUUGUUUCUUGUU